AUGGACCCUGCAUCAGAACGUGAUCAUAUCUUUUUAGUUGACUUUCGCGAAAAGUCUGGCUUGACCAGUGUUGGAGGUCGUAGGACAGAUUCCACGCUAGUUGACAUUGGAAUCACUGAUGGAAUGGCAGGUGCUUAUAUGGUAUUUUUUUGCAACCGAUGCGUCGACCACCUUCGUUGGCAGUGGCAGGAGAAGCUGUCAGUCCAGCCACAGGCCCAGUCUUGA